AUGCCACGCGCCCCUCGAAGAGCAGCGCAUCAGGCUCGCAACAAUGAAGUCACGACGACACCGACUCGCAAUGCCUUGACGGCGGAAAUCCCACCCUUUAUGCUCGAAACACCUCCGCAUGCUCCCUUCAUCACGACCCCUUUGCCUCCGUCGAAUAAUCCAGGCAACUCCAUUGUUCCAGAGACCAAUCCCGCGCGCCAACACGGUCGGACCGAACCAACACCGACCGCCCAUGGAGCUGGUCACAUUCAGAAUGAUGCCGAAGAGGCACAGGCGUCGCAGAAUGCCCUCGGUUCAACCGCUUCGGAAGGUGGCCAUGCAGAUGAGCAGUCAUUGCUUGAAUCUGUUCACCAUGAUAUCGAAGAUGCCCGACAACUCCAGGGUUUGCGAGAUAUCUCGUCCCUAGCAACGUGGACGUUGUCCUCCACAAAACCCGGCUGCGGACUGCCUCAACUGCGGAACCCGAGUCCAAAUUUAUUCUGGCAGAGCGACGGACCACAACCUCAUACGUUAACCUUACACUUCUUCAAACUUGUUGCUAUUGUCAAAAUGAGAAUCUAUUUGGACUUUGAGCUUGACGAGUCGUACACACCUACGAAGAUGAAGUUUUACGCGGGCAUGUCAGAAGGCAGUUUGGUUGAGUUUGGUUCAUGGGAAGUCACCGACACCGUUGAUCCGGAGACGGGGGAGGCACACAGUAGCAUCGAAGGUCUACGGGGCUGGAUUGAUGUGCCACUGAAGGGAGUUGGUGGAAGGGAACCACGCUACUAUGGAAACUCGGACAUGAUUGCUAGUCAGGGGGAGCCCACACUUUAUCCCCUCAGAGCAGACUGUCAGGAGAAUCCAGGGGGGGAUGUGCUGAAGGCGAUGGUGGUCCAGAUUCGUAUUUGUGAAAACCACCAAAAUGGCAAAGACACUCAUGUUCGGGGAUUCCAGGUGUUUGGGCGAGACUACAGCCAUCAUGCAGAGACGAAGGGCCAUGCGAGAAGGAUUAAAGGCAGCAAAGAGAAGCAGACGCUAGGAGGCGAUGGCGGUGGCGAACGAGUUGCUGGGCUGUCUAUGGCAGACUGGAUGGGUGAUCCAGAGAUACGAUAG